AUGGAGGGAGCGCGAGAGAGCGCUCAGAAGGAAACGUGGAGAGGAGAUAAAGCGGUGAGACAAAAGGAAAUGGAGGGAGCAGCCGCAGCCGCAGCCGCAGCAGAAGGGCGGCAUCCUCUCAAACCCCAUCCUCGUUUCAAUAACCGUAACAGCUGGAAACAUAAGGAUUUGAUCAAAUCUGCAUUCCAGGACAUAGUUUCUGCUGAAUUGGAAAAAAUUAAGGAAUCGUCAUUGGAUGAAAAUGUAAGAAGUUCAACAUCUGUCCCGGAGGCCAAUGAUAUGUUAUGGGAAUACGAUGGCCUUACAAAUGUAUACCAAGGUGAUUGUGAAGAGAUAUUGUUAGAAAUGCAAAGGAUCUUUUAUGAAGACCUGACUAUUCAUCCAACUAGAAAAGAAGAAACAGAAAUCUGUGUUGAAACAUGGGAAGAUGAAGAGGAUGAGUAUUUGUCCCAGGCAGUUUAUGAGCAUAUGCAACUGAACGACAAGCAGGUAUAA